UGUGCUCACCAAUAAAGCGCUUUUUGUCCAGGGAGUUGGUACUUGAACGCAUUCCUUGACAUGGAGGCAGGGGUACCUCUCCAAGGAUUUCAUGAGGACCGUUCCUUGUAAGUUUCAUACGUUCACAGAAAGGUCUCUUUUUGCGAGAGCGCACGCAGGGAAACUACCAGGUUUGGAGUUAUAUCGGUGAAGUGCUCUUCUUGGAUAAAGACACAAGCGCGACUGCGCUUCCAGCUUCACUUUUCCGAAGUUACGGGGAAAGAAGACCUGAAGAAGAAUAGUGGAAGCAUCUUCAUGGGGCUGAGCAUGGAGAGAGUCAGCACCAUGAAGAUCUUUCACAUUCCUGUGAUCCCCUUUGUGUUUCUCCUCAUCCUUCCUGAUGGCAUCUUUUCUAGCGAAUGCCCAGUAGAUUGCAGCUGUUCUUCAGGAUCCAUUUUUUGUUUCCAAAGACGUUCCUCUACCAUGCCAAAGGGAGUGGACCCAGUCACAAAAAGCCUCUACCUGUUUUCCAAUGGGAUUGAAGGCUUGACAGCUGAGGACUUUAAUGGACUACAGAACCUGGACAUGCUGGAUCUCAGUCAAAAUAAACUAACCCAUCUUCCCAAUCGGGUGUUUGAACCUCUGAUUUCUUUGCGAAACCUGGACUUGUCAUCCAACCAGAUCACUCACAUUUCAGAGGAAUGCUUCCACGGUAUGAAACUGCUUGAGCGUCUUUAUUUAUAUAGUAAUCACAUCAAGACUAUCCACCCUGCAGCCUUUAAUGGCUUGGAGCACCUAAUUGAACUCAAACUGCAGGGGAACCAGUUGACAUCCCUUCCAACCCUAUCAAUGUCUCAUCUGCUGUUGCUGGACCUUCGCUUUAAUACUUUACCCACUUUGGGUCCUUCAGACCUUCAGACCCCAAACCUCGAGUCACUCAAAUUGGGAGGUGUGGGGCUUACCAGUCUGAAUGAGGAGCUCAUAACUGGUCUGAAGAAUCUCCAUGAAUUGGACAUCUCAGAAAACAAACUCGAGUCUUUUCCCUCAGUGCUUAAAGAGACCCCAGGGCUGAUUCACCUUAGCCUGGCUGGAAACCCAAUGGGUCCUGUUAAGGUUCAGGACCUGCAGAACCUUGGGGAGCUGCAGGAGUUGGACAUAAGCAGCCUCAGUCUGCAGGGCCUCCCUGAAGAGUUCUCCCAGCUAUUCCCCCACCUCAGAAAGCUCACACUUGCACAAAAUCCCUUCAACUGCCUCUGCAACUUAGCAUGGUUCCCGAGAUGGCUCAGAACCCAGAGCAUCACCCUUGAGAAAACAGAGGAGACCCGCUGCCAUUUCCCACCUAUCAAUGCUGGAAAGGUAUUAGAAAGACUGGAUCAUAGAGAUUUUGGCUGUCCUACCACAACCACUGUCACCACUAGUACUGUAAAAACAACUACCACCCAGCCUGCUCUAGUCACUACCUUCCCAACAACUACUAAGGUAAUUCCCGCUCCUCGGGCCAGUGACAACCCCACUGAAAAAGAAGGUGAUUCUCCGGACCCCCCUGUUCCUGCGUCCCCCAGUAGCAGCAUAAACCCAGACGAGGAGAACUUCUGUCCCUCUCACAACUGUCUGAAUGGGGGUACUUGUCAUUUGGACCAACGUGGUCAGGUAAUGUGCACCUGUCCACCUGGUACCUCUGGCAUGUACUGUGAAGUCCAAAACCAUCACCCACCUUCACCACCUGAUGCAGAACCCCACAUACCAACUGUCACUGCAGACACACUCGACAUCAGCUUGCGUGAGAUAACCGGAACUUCUGUCCUCCUGGACUUUCAUCGCUACACUGAAAAGCAGCCUAACAUCCAUGGAAUCCGUUUAACCUACCGCAAUCUCUCUGGACCAGAUCGCAGACAAAUUCAAUUCAAUCUCCCUCCAACCUUGCUGGAGUACACACUUAACGGCCUGAAUCCUAACUCCACCUACAUGGUGUGUGCCAGUCCAUUAAGGUCCCCCAAUGGCAUAGACAGCGUCUGCACCGAGGUCCAUACAGCCCCUCGAAUCCUUAGAGGCACUAUUCCACUGGUUGAGGAUCCAAAGCUAACCAAAAUGCUGGCCCCUGCAAUUGUGAUCCUGCUACUUCUUAUACUGAUAGCAGUAGCAGUGGGAGUGGUAUGCUAUCUUCGCAGGAAGAGGACCAAGGGCAACCUAGACCUUGACUGUGAUCCCUCCCAGCUAGAGUUGGAUGGAGUUAAAGCUGGCUUAGACAAUGGGCCCCUGCCUCAAAAGCAGUUGCAACUUAUGAUCCCAGAACCUGCUGUUCAGAGUGGAAAUCAGGAAUAUGAGGUUUUACUACUACAGGAUCACUGUAUGUCAAAUAACAACAUAUCUUUACAUAAGCCUUCCUGCUUUUGACAACUGCCUUUUUCACUACUCUAAUCCCAAUGAGGAUUUUUAAAUGUUCAACUUUGCCCUCCUAAGUAAAAAAAAGAAAAAGAAAAAAGGAGCAGCUACUGCCGUUGUGAAAGUGGACAACAAAGUGUCAGCUGACCAACCAGGAAACAGGAAGAUGGACAUAUAUUGAACUUCCUGGUUAUUUCGUUGUCUAAGCAGACGUUAAACAAGUUCAGAAUUUGCUUUUGGACUUCAAAAAGCAUAAAAUGUGCUUUUCACUCCAUUUAAAGGCUGCAUAUUUGCUUGAAUGCAGUCAGGCCCCAUGGUGUGAUAUGAUGCUGGAACUCGUGUUUUUUUUGUCAUUGACUGAAAACAGGGUUAAGAGACAGAUUCACCUCAUGCUCUCCUUUAUCUGUCCAUAAAGGGGUGUGGACUAAAAUGGGGUUGUGCUGCCUUUCCCGAUCACACCAGCCCAACUAAAACAGUCAGCAUUUUUUUUUUGCUGAGUGGAACUCAUCAGUACUACCCCACAACGGGAUCAGUGCUUGCUUGCUGUGAAUGACCUUUAAGACACUAAAUGAAGUUGUGCAAAGAAAAAACUGAUGCCUUUAUUGUUUUAUCUGGCUCUAAGACUUUGUUAUGUAUGUUUGUCAUGCUUUUUUUUUUAUAUCUGUGUCUAUUAUUUUUUUAAAAUUGUGCAACAUUGUGACUGUUAACAGCCCUCAGCACCCUCCUCCCCACCUCUUGUGACUAACAGACAAAACAGCAGAUUAAAAUCUUUGAAGAUUAAAACUCAUUGGUACCAGUAAAGUCAAUCAAAGAGCUUUGCCCCCAGAAUAUCAGACAGUCUAAGUAGAUGUGAGUCUGGACAGAGUCGAGACUAAAUCCCCCUUCUCCAUACUGGAGCCCUCAGCCUGCUUUGCCACCACAAAGAGAGGAGGUAAGCAGGAUUAAAAGUACAGAGUGGAGCAGUUGACAUAUCCCCCUCUGUUUCACAGGUAAUUACAGUAAAACACUUGACAAUACGCAGCAAAACUUCGGAUACCUUAUUUAUAGUUUAUAGUCACCGUUUUAUCCCUCAACCAAAAUACACUUAAAACAUACUAACCGGCCUGGCUGACAAAAAGUAAAGCAAACAGUGGAUGUGUAUUGUGUUUCCCUUGAUUAAAAAAUAGCCUGCAUGUAACGCUAUGCACAAUUUCUCUUUGGCAAGCAGGAUCCCGGUUUUGCUCAUUCGUACUAAACGAGACUAUGAACAGGCACAAGCCAGAAUGCAGCUAACAGAGUGUUUAUAUUGUUGUGAGACUAGCAGAGAUCCACUGCAUGACUGCUAUUAUUACAGACAGGUCAGUAAGCUCCAAAGCAAAUUAAUGAGAGGUGCAUGAGGGGGUGCAGGUGUGUGUAUGUGUGGAUGCGUGUGUGUGUGUGUGUGUGUGUGUGUGUGUGUGUGUGCAGAUCUGUCAUCAUCAGCGAUAAUGCAAGCACAUGUUCUGUCUUGCACAAACACCUGUAUCAGUUAACCCCUUUAUGUGCCCACAUGCCUGCGGAGGUACUUAAGCAACUCCACUUAAAGGCAAACACACCAAAGACACCUCUGUGAAUGUCUGUAAAGUUACCGUACCUAAAGUAUUUCCAGUGUACAGCUAACAACUCUAUGCUAACGUAAGCGUCUGGAGAACCCACGAUCAUGUGAUAAAACUGGAAUAUUUUUUUCUGUAAAAUAGAAAAUAUUGAAGAUCACCACAAGUAUUUUCGAUGUGAUUGUUAAUUUUUCCCUGUUUACUUUGGGAAACCCUUUGCUAUUAUGUGUUGUUUAUUUUUUACUCUGUGAACAUCUUUGUACAAGUGGAAAAAGUGAUAUCAUUAAAUGAA